AUGCAGAGCUGGUGUAAAGCUAUCCUUCACACAGCCUGGCGAGCAGGAGCAGAGGUCUGCGGCAGGCAGCCCCGCAGCGGCUCUUCUCUGCCCAUUGCUGUCACCUUCCAGCUACAAAGCAGCCCGGCAGCUCCCACCCCUGUUCCUGCUCGCCGGGCUCCCUCCCCACAGCUGGCUUCUGCCUCUGGCUUUGCCGCCGCCGCGUACCUCCUCGUUCUGCUUGUAGGAGCACGGUCCCCGUUCGAACAACAGCUGAGGGAUGUCGUAGCAGCGAUUUUUAAGCGGAGGUGGGCAGCCUCGGAUAACACACUGCCGCCAUGUCCCCAGUCCGUAGACCAGGCAUCACCAGAGCCUGACUUCAUCAGCAUCGGGACACUUACAGAGGAAGUAUCCAUUAGACACAUAUUACAGAUAGAAGAAUCUUCUAAACCUGUAAGGCUAUCACAGCAGCUGGACAAAGCCGUGACCACGAACUAUAAACCAGUGGCUAAUCAUCAAUAUAAUAUUGAAUAUGAGAAGAAGAAGAAAGAAGAUGGAAAACGGGCUCGAGCUGAUAAACAACAGGUGUUGGACAUGCUUUUUUCAGCCUUUGAGAAACAUCAGUAUUACAACAUUAAAGACCUGGUAGACAUAACCAAACAGCCGGUGAUAUACUUGAAAGAAAUUUUGAGAGAGAUAGGCAUCUACAACGUGAAGGGGACCCACAAAAACACAUGGGAGCUGAAGCCAGAAUACAGACACUACCAAACAGAAGAUAAGAGUGAUUAA